AAAGUGCUAUGCGAACAUGUGGAUGUGAAUUGUGAAAUUAUUUGUAGUUACAUUAGGUACUAACGAAAAAUCUUGUUUUUUAAAUUUGUAACUUAUAUAAAUAAUUCGACUUGGGACUUAAAGUGUAUUAAUUAUUAUAUUUAAAUAUUAAUUUAACUGAAUACAUUGUUCUUCCAAAUAUAUUUUGUUUACAUCAAUCAGUGUUUGAAGAUCUGUUAUAUUGUGAGUUCCGAUUAAUAGGUAAAUAUAUUUAGAUAUUCAUAAAUAUUUUCUAUUUAAAAAAAACCAUAAAAUUAGUAUAUUAUUCAGUGUUUUUUUUUUUUUUUUUGUAUAAAGUUAUCAUGGAUGAUGUAUAUACUGUCGGAGCAUUAGGUGAUUUGAUUUCGUCAACUAGAAAAAAUAAAAAAACCAAAUCUGGUAAGUGUUUGAUCAAUACUGUUAACAUUAUUAUUUUAUAAAUACAGUCAACUUACGAUAUAACGAAUAUUCGUUGUUUCCUUGAAAAUCUAGUGAUGUAACUAAAUAUUAAAUGUGUUUUGGUCCCCUCAAUAAAAUAAAUUUUUUUAGUCACAGCUCUUGCGAUGUAACAAGUUUUUACAAUUUUGAAGCUAAUAAAAUAUAUUAAAAAUAAAUAGCUUGAUAUUACGAAGUUUUUCUACUAACUCAAAAGCAAUGGCACGCUUGAAAACACGUUGCAUUUCAUACAUUUUAUAAACAUUGUGAUUUUAGGUACUGAUUUAAUAUGUCAUCUGCUGUACAUUUAUGGUUUAGUAUAGUAUGCUAUCUACUGUAUAUUCCCUGUAUAAACUUUAUCAUUUUGGCAUUAAGAUUAAAAUUCAAUGAAAUUAUAUUAUAUCUAUAAAUAUUUAAUUAUUUUGAAAUUAAGAAUUAGGCUUUUUACAACAAAGAUGAAUUAACUGUGAGUCAUUUGUGUUGACAUAUAAUUCAAAAUGAAGAAAUAUGUGAACGGUUUUUAAAAAUCCAUGAAUUAUUACCUAAUGAACAAACAUCUACUAAAAUCAAAUAUCAAUUUGUGGUGAUUUUAAAUGAAAUUCUUAAAAAUAGUAGGAAACGAAAUUCAGAAAAAAUUGACAAAGUAGAAAUACCAUAUUAUAAAUGUAAGAUAAUUUGUAUUUUUAGAUAGCAUAUUAAAUCAACAUAAAAUUAUGGUAGAUAGUAUAUUGAACGAGUGCUCAAUUAUACUAUGUAUGUAAAUAUUAUAAAUUAAUAUAAAUUUUUACUUGUAGUGGGUUGAUUUAAAAUUUGAAUCUUCCUUUAAAUCUCAUUAAAACUAAUUUUAUUGGUUUAUGCUCUUGAUAUAAUUAAUUUUUGAUGUACCAAACUUUUUCCUCGUCUUUUAAAAUUCGUAACUUUACAAGUUGACUGUAUAUUUAAUUAAUAUCAAUAAUCUUAUAAUUGUUUGUAUUUCAGGUAAGAUUAAGACAGAAAAUGUUCAGUCUGAAACUAGCCUAGAUUCAUUUAAAAUUGAAAAUGUUAAUAUAAUCAAAGAUAAAACACCAAUAAUAAAUCCCGAUGGAUUAAAAAAAAUAAAACCAACAAAAUGUAUUACAACUAAUGAGGUUAGCGAGGAAACCCCACUAAUAAAUCCAAACAAAUUAAAAAGGAAAAAAAUAAAUAAAUUAAUCAAACCUCUUGAUGAUGAGGACAAAUCACAGAUGAAUCCAAAGAAAUUAAAAAAAAAAAAAAUGGAUAAAUCAACUAUGCCUAAUGAUGAUAAGGAAAAAUCACCAAUGAAUCCAAAUAAAUUAAAAGAAAAAAAGAAAGAUAGAUCUAUUAAACCCAAUUCUGGAAAAAUUGAAAAAAAAAAUCCUGUGUCCAAAUUAGAGUAAGUGAUUUUUAUUAUUAUUUCAAAAAAUGUAUUAAUUUAAUUCAUACCUAUUAUUUAUAGAGAUAUUAAAUCGUCUGAGGAAUAUAUUGAAAAAGAAUCAAGAACCAUAUUUGUUGGUAAUGUUCCUGUGAAUAUCAAAAUGUCAGCAAUAAAAAAAUUGUUCAAACAAUUCGGAGAAAUAGAAACUACUAGACUAAGAAGUGUAGCUGUUAAGAGCCUUGAUUUGCCUAGACGUGUAUCCAUAAUAAAAGGAAAUUUCCAUCCUCAAAGGGAUACUGCUAAUGUAUAUGUACGGUUCAAAACAAAAGAUGCUGCUCAAAAAGCAUUAUGUUUAAAUUCCACUAAGUUUGAAGAACAUACCAUCCGGGUGGAUAUGUCUUUGAAUACAGAUCACAAACAAAACAAGAAAAAAGCAAUUUUUAUUGGUAAUCUUCCCUAUGGUGAGUUUUAUUUUAAAUUGUAUCAACUUGUGUAUGGCGGUUCUUAUUGUAAAUAUUUGUGGUAAUAUCACAGUACUAGAAUAGGAAGUGAACAUAGGUGAAAGGAACACUCUAUCAUUUUUCCAUAGAUUUUAAUGAACCACUUUAACCCAAAAACUCUUGAAAAGCAACUCUAAAAUUUGUAUUGUACAACUGUUAAUUAUUAUUGUUAUCCCGAAUUCCAAUUUAGUUAAUAGGGCUUUUGGAUCCAGAAAAACUUUACUAAAAACCUGUUCACAUAGAUUUUAAACAUAUUAUUUUCCCAAACCCAAAAGCCAAAGAUUAACUUAAAAUUAUAAUAUAUUUUAGAUUGAGAGUAUAGUGGGGAAUCUAUUGGUUUUGCUAUGAUGUGGGCUUAUUUUUUUUCUGUCUAUCUUGCUUCAAUAUAUUGAGUUUAGUGCCUUUUCUGAAAGGAAAUUUCAUCUAGUUGGUGCAUUAGAGAUAUUAUUUUCAAAUGGAUUUUCGAAAAAAUUUAGGAAAAACCAGAAAGGAAAUUACAGUUAAAACAGCAAAUAUUUAUGGAAUGCUGCAGCAUUACUGAUUUCAUAAUUUUUAAUUGUUACAACUUAUGUUUAUAAUAAUUCGGAAAUACAAUUUUUUUUAAAUUAGGACACCGAUUUCAUUAUUUAAAAUUGUUAAAAUUAUAUUUUUCUACUAGAAAUAUUGCUCCAAUAGAAAACAAUAUUUUAUUGUUGAAUUUUUAAUUUAGUUUUUGACCAACAAAGUCAUUUUUUUGAUUUUCUUUGUAGUUUUUUUAAUAUUUAAGUAAACACAAAAAUAAUUUUUUUAUUUAAAAUUUUUUUUUAAUGUAAUUCAGUUUAAAAUAUCCCCAGACUUAAAUUUUUACAAAAAACUUAUGAUCACUUUUCUAGAUAUUUUAAUUUUGCAAAUUGUCAACAUAAUUUUUAUUUGGUAGGUAUUCUGUGGAUAAAAUGAUUAGACUUGACGGAAAUACUUGAAAAUUUGACAAGAGGUUCAUUAUAAGCAUUACUUAGUGAUAAAAAAAAAAAUUGAGUAAUAAAGUUUUUUUUUGUAUGAAAGUUCAAAUCAAAUUUUGAGAAAAAUCAUAAAUAUUACAGCCUUUCUAAACAUGUUUAACCAAACUUAACUUUGAAUCCUUUUUCCUUAGCAAUGGUUUAUUGUUGGUUACAGGUAUAAAUUAAAUAACUUUAUGUAUCCCACCUUCCCAACUAGAACAGUGGCCACACCCAUCCCCAGUAUGUUCUUCUUUUUUUUUUAACAACUUUUUAACUAAAAAUGUUGCUCUGAUCAUCAAAAUUAACUGGUUUCUUGUAAAUAUAUUUGUCUAGCUAGGGAUGAUAUUUUUUUAUUUUUUUGCUAUUUAUUUAAUGAUUGGAGAAGCUGGAAAGUCAGAAAAAUAAAUAUAAUUGUGAAAUAAUUACAUUUUUUAUUAAUUUUUAUCAUAAUUCAGUGAAAAAUAAUUUUAGAAAAUUUAAAUUUUGACCAAUUACUUAUAUUAACUCUGUAUGUGGUAAUUUUUUUUUAAUGUGGAAAAAAUUGUUGCAAUUAUUUAUUUUUAUCGGGUUUUAAGUUUAUAAAUUAAUACAAUAUACAAUUUAAAUAAAAAAUAUUUUAUUGAAUUUUACUCAGAAUCAUUUUUCAUUUGCAAUAAUUGAUUGGUACAUUGUACAUACAGUAUAUAAAUUAAAUUACCCUAUAUGUACUUAUAAUAGUAACCUAGCCAUAGUUCAAUGUAUAACUAUUUUUUUUUUUUCAAUACUUAGUGAUAUUCACCAAUGUUUAAUAGGGGUGAUAAAGUUAUUUUAUACUUUUGUAAUUAUUAAAUUUAUACUAUGAGUCUACACCCACAGUAUAACUUACAGUAAACUGGGGGGAUGAAGUUCCCUCGGUUCAUUGUAACAUUUGUUUGCAAUGGACCAAUGUUUUCGACAGUGCCCAUCCUAAAUUUUUUAACCAAUUUGAAUAUUGAAGAUUAAUCAUUAUAUAUACAUACAAAUGUAUAUCUACUUUUGCUUUUGUUUAGGUAUUCAAGAAGACGAAAUAUGGGAAUUUUUCAGAGAAUGUGGGGUUGUAUCUGCUGUGCGUGUAGUUCGUGAUAGCACAACUGGUGUUUCUAAAGGUUUUGGAUUUGUUGAUUUUGAAGUAAGGAUUAAAAAACAGCAUAUUAAAUGUUAUUUUAUUUUAAAACCAAUUGGUAUUAUGCAUUUUGGAUAGAUUCUAAUCUGGAAAAUUCACAAAGAAUAAUAUAAAAUAUACAACUAUUGUAUGUAGUAAUUAACUAUUUUUGUUUUAGUCAAAAGAAUGUGUAGAAUUUGCCAUGCAGUUGCAAGGUAAAAAAAUUCAAAAUAGAGAAAUUCGUAUUAAAAGAAUAGAUACCAAAACUAAUUCUAAAAAGUUGGUUAACAAAUCAUUCAUCAAAACACCAGUACAAUUUAGAAGAACUAAACCUACUCAAAAUACUCAAAAUUUCCAAGGAGAAACGAUGAAAUCAAAAAUGCACAAAAAGGUAAUACAAGUUUAUUAUAUUUCAUAGUAGAUAAUAGUUGAUUGAAACUUUUACUCUUUUAAAUUUAACCUUUCACAAUCUUUAAAAAUUAUCUGUGAAAAUAAAUAUUUCAGUGUACUAUUUCAUAUACUCCUCUUUAUUUUAUCAGACUUUUUGAAAUUAGAUACCCUAAACCUCCACCUCUACUUACAACAGUGCAACAUCAUCUUGCAUAAACAUUAUUUUUGUAUUAAAAAACGUUCAUGACUUCCAACUCCUACCCUGCUGUAUACUCAUUCUGUUAUCUCAUUAUCUCCAAAAUUAUGUAACCGUUUUGUAUUUGUAAUUUCAAUUUAACUAAUAUAUUAUAUUUUGUGUUUAUGUACAGAAAGGAAAACCAACAAAAGCUGAUUUGACAAGAAAGAAGAUAGCCAAACAAUUAAAUGCUUGAUUCCUAUUGUAUGAACUAAUGAAUAAACUGACUGAAAUUUUAAACUAAAUGAUUUAACAAAAUAAUAGCAUGUAUUUUAAUGAAAUUAAUCUUAUAAACUUAGUUUAAUUAUUGUUAUCAAUCGAAAGACCUUGUAAUUAUACUAUAAAACCUUUAUUUUAUAUAAACUGUAUAAUUACUAAAUUUAUUUUUAUAUAUUGCUAUGUUACAUAAUAUUAGUUAUUUCAAAAAUAGUUUGCUUUAAAUUUAUACAAUAAAAAACUUGUCCAAACUGAUCAUUUACUCUUUUACAUCACCAAUACCAUCAGCAUUGAUAGCAAACAUAGCUUCUGAUUCGGGUAAACAAGGAGAAUCAUAUAUUUUGCAUAUUCUAGUUUCCCCUCUUCCCUUACGCAAAUACAAUCUGGUUGUUGAAGCAUGAGCCAUAAUAUUUCCACCAAUUGGUUUUUUAGGAUCUGCAGCAAACAUUGAUGCACCAUCAACUUGAGCAACAACUUGAUUUGUAAUAAUAACAGCAACACCGAACU